AAACUGGAAUGGGAUUUUGGGGGUGCGCUGUACGCCCCUCGGCGUACUUUAGCGCUAUCCUUUUCCUUCUCGGUCAUUCCGUUUGCUCUCUUUAUUCCCGUAACCUGCAGCCGAAAUCCCUCCUUCUCUUGGUCGCCGCAUAGCUUUCAACGAAUCUGAGAGAUCCUUUCGAUAUCUCUUCGUCUUUCCAUCGGCCCCGGGGCUUUUUUCGAGAUCGCGCAAUUUCGGUCUGAUUUCAUCGGUUCUCGCUCUUGUUGAAGGUCUCCAAUUACUUCAGGUUGUAGUUGUGAGAGCAAGUUGGAGAAUGCGAGGAUACGACAUAGAUGAACCUGAAAACUACGACGAAUAUGAGGAUGAAGAAGAUCAAUAUGAAGAAGAAGGUGAAGGUGAGGAGUAUGAAGAGGAGGAAUACGAAGAGGAAGAAGAACGGAAACCUACAAAGGAGGAGCUGGAUUAUCUUGAAUUAAGGCAGCGUCUUAAAGAAUCAUUUAGAAAGAAUAGGAAGAAGGAGGGUGGUCCUACUGGUUCUAAUUCACAAGAGAGGAAGAAAAAGCUUCCGUAUGACAACUAUGGAUCUUUCUUUGGGCCGUCUCAGCCUGUUAUUGCACAAAGAGUUAUUCAAGAAAGCAAGUCAUUUUUAGAAAAUCCGAAUUUGGCGUUGAGGUUUUCAAGCUCCCAGCAGGGAAACAAGAAAACAUCUGUUUCAACCACCACAGGAUCAAAUAAUGGAGUGCAUAAGCAGCCUAAAGUCAUAAGUGCGGUAAAAAGGAAAGUUGAAACUAUUAAGCAUGCAAGAGAUUAUUCCUUUCUGUUAUCUGAUGACACAGAGCUCCCGGCUCCUGCUAAAGAGUCUGCACAACAAAAUAUGUCUGCGCGAAGUUCUGAGGCACGACCUGCUAAAGUUCAGAUAAAGAGCAAACCACCAUCGGGCAAUAAUGGCAGAAAUGCUUAUGGUGACAACUAUGAAAGGAAAGCGCCAUCUUCAAAUGGUCAAAUGCAUCCAAAAUCAUACAAGUCGAGCUCUGCCAAUAAACUCAAUCGGACAUCGAUGGAUUCUAGAAAGCAGCUUGGUAGCAACAAUGCGGUCGGACCUGGCCGGCCUGUGGGUCCGAAAGCUUUGCCAUCUAAAGCUCCUGUUGCCACCUUGGUGAAGAAGGCUUCUGCACCUGGAGCCAGAGAUUCACUGCCUGGUUCACAUAAACCUCUGCCCUCUUCAAAGGUGCAGUCUGCUGUCGUAAAGAAGCACUUGGAACAGAAGAAGGGGUUACAAGAUCCUAACAAGGGUAAAGUAAUGUCGAAACAGUUGGCAGCUCCCAUGAAACCUCAUGUAAACAAGCCAAUCAAACCAAUUUCAUCUCAUGUGACGCAUGAUCACCGCCCCAAGAAAAGGCCUGCAAGACGGUUCUCUGAUGACGAAGAUGAUCCCGAGAAGGCUCUGAGUAUGAUCAGGAAAAUGUUCAAUACUGACAGAUUUGCUGGUCGUGAUGAUAACGACAGUGACAUGGAAGCAAACUUUGAUGAUAUUAUGAAGGAAGAAAAGAGAAGUGCAAAAAUUGCAAGAAAAGAGGACGAAGAGCAACUUCGUUUGAUAGAGGAAGAGGAGCGACGUGAGCGGAUGAGGAAAAAGUUGAAGCGAUGAUGAAAAAAAAAAUUGAAGCAGCACCAGUUUAUGAGGCAAUAGCAAAUGCACAAUCCGCAGGACUGUCUCCCAUAGUCCAAAAAUAAAUAGUCUUAUUUUUUUAGUUAUGGAAUCCUAUUAUAGCCCCUUUUCCUUUUAAAAUAUGCUUGUUGCAUUGGUUCCCGAUUGUAGUGACAUAACUGAGUCUAGGAGUAAUUUUGUUGUCAAUUGUAUCUGGAAGGUUCUCUCCGUUCUCUGUGCUGUCUUUAGGACCUUGUAUUUCUUUUCUUUUUCUCUGGUAAGUGGUAACAAGGCUGAUGUCCCAUUCAUUGUUAGGGAACUCAAAUUGUGACAAUGGGAGCCAUGCUCUAUUUUUCUAACCGAUAACCUUUUUAGUUUGGGA